AAUUAGCAAAACAGUGGCACUAUUUGAACUGUAUGAUAUUUUGCAACACUGUUCAAUCACAUACUUUCAUUACACGUCAAAUCCUGCACCGAAUAGUAAUCGUACAUUAGAAAUAAGCAUACUUCUUUUGGAACCAAACGACAAGACAGUCAUUUAGGUGUAGCAGUGUACAAAUCGCCGUAUCUGACCCUUAUACAUAAUUUCGCAGUACAGGCACAUUCUUAUAACCUCUUCAAACAAACGCACAUAGCAGAGACGCCAUAACAGCUGUAGUUGUUUAAAAUGGCUUCUUUCCAGGACGUAACAAAUACUUUCAUCCAAGGGCACACGCAAACGAACACCAAGGACAUGUCGUUUUCGGGUAAUGAUUCGCUGAUGGCGAUUCUUGAGGACAUAUGUAGGUUUUCUAACAACGAGAUAACAAUUCCAAAUCGAAAUAGCUACACAUCCUCCCUUGAGCAGCCUAUAAACACGCAAGAAUCGCCCGAUUUGAUACGGUACAGAAGCUCGUCACUGAUCCCGGUACCUACGGCAGUUCAAGAUAGUAGCCUUGACUUCAAUAUACCAGGUGCGCCUCGUCUUGGGCAAUCACAAAGGAGUGUUUCUAUGUCGGCACUUCGCUACGAUAGUGCUCCGCUUCCAAAUAUGCAUUCGGUGAACUCUCAAGCUGAACCUUACAUGUUUGGUCAAGAUACACGAAAUUGCGAUACACAUACACAAUCGGGAAACCUAAACAGCAUAAAUACAGAGCACCCCUCACAAGUCUUUCCGCAUCGUCCACUCGUGUCACCGUCGAGGCCGUGCAGUCGAAUUGGAUCUGUCAGCGAUGAUAUAGGUUCUCGUCCAAACUUGGGUAUAAUGAAAUCACAGUCCUUGUCAGACCUUUCCAAUGUAUCACCGACACCAUAUAAGUCAGCUCUUUCCUCACUGUCUGAAGCCGAGUUCAGUGGAGGCUCGUCAGAGCUUUAUUUUCCAGGUUCAUACACAUCAGCAACUGAGUUUGCGAGCAGCAAUCCCGGUUAUCGCUUGCACAAGAACUAUAGUACAUCUCACACAGAUGUAUCAAACAUGGGGCUUAACAUGGGAUUGAACCCGGUGUCUGGUCUGCACGAACAAAUACGUUUCCAGCCCACUUUAACUAGCUGCGACUACCUGCCACAAAUCGCACACGGUGGCCAACAUCCAAAUGAUGGCCACGUAGAUUUGAAACCCUCGCAGCAUAUACCACCAAGUAUUAAUCCGGCACCAAGGUUGAGUCUGGAUAGCUUAGCAACUCCAAGCAUAUAUUCUCUACCCCAAAAUAAGAUGAAAAUCGCUCGAAUACAAAAUCCGGCCACACAGAGACAAAAAAACAAAGCACGGCGAGCGAGUGUUCGGAGACAAAGUGCGGGACUAAAUAGGGCCUAUCAAUGCCCCGUGGACAAUUGUACGCGAAGAUACGAAGCAUGGAGGAGCUUACAGGUAUGUUCGAAGCCUUAAAUGAAGUGAUCGUGCAAGUAUUACAAUUCAUCGCGUUCAGCUUGAGGGAUUAACGCGGAAUCCCAUAUCCGAUGAAAUACUUAGACCAAAUAUGCAACUACCACAACUGUGUUCACUCUUCACUGAAUUGAAAUUGAUCAAAUUGAUUCUCUUCUCACGCAUUCCCAGUACCAUCUAAAAAUGAAUCAUCAAGUAGCCACGAGACUUAUACAAGGACAAAUCUUAGCGACGCGCAAGGACAGCUUAACGGAGCGCGACAUAACGAGGGACAUAACCAGUAAUCUAAUCACAAACAGUAAGGAGUAGCGUCAUCACAUAUCGCACAAACAGGAAUAAAUUA